GUCUUUGCCCUAUAACUUGCUCACCCGCACCGUCCCGUCUCGCGUUGCCUUUCACUCUCCGGUCUCUCUCUCUUCCCUCCCCUUCUCGAACGCGCGAAGAUAGAAAACUCUUCCCCGAACAAUAACCUGACUCUCUAGCUUGCCAUUCAUUAAAGAAAACUAUCUCUCUCCGAAGAAGACUAAAUUCUUUUCUUCUUUCGCUCAGUGACUCACUGACUUAGGGUUAGGGUCUCAUAAAUUGCCUGCCAAUUCACUUCUCUGUAAUGCUUCAAAGUCCACUCGAUAUUCGCCAAUGUACACUCACUCACAGCCUAUGAACGUUCACAAUCAGAUCGCCUCUCCUGGCGUCGACGACGACCGGGCCCCCGCCGAUUCCAUCGACCAUCAUCAUCACAUUCACUACGAGGACGGCACCCCAACCGUCGUCGACGACGUCUCUCCCGAAUCCGUCUACGUCAACGCCGGUGUCGCUGCGUCGGAACUCGGGAUUCAGCCUAGUGAUUGCUCUAGUCAGCUCACCUUGACGUUUCGCGGACAAGUUUAUGUUUUUGAUUCCGUUACUCCCGAUAAGGUUCAAGCUGUGUUAUUAUUACUGGGAGGAUGUGAAUUAACUCCUGGUCUGGAAAUGACGCCUCAAAACCAAAGGGGUGUGGUGGACUACCCGUCACGGUGUACUCAACCUCAACGAGCAGCUUCAUUAAGUAGGUUCCGGCAGAAGAGAAAAGAGCGAUGCUUUGAUAAGAAAGUUAGAUAUGGUGUCCGUCAGGAGGUUGCACUCAGGAUGCAACGGAAUAAGGGUCAAUUUACUUCUGCCAAGAAGUCUGAGGGAGGAUAUGGCUGGGAUGGUGUUCAGGAUUCAGGACUAGAUGAUAGCCAACAAGAAACCUCGUGUACGCAUUGUGGCACUAAUUCAAAAUCCACCCCAAUGAUGCGGCGUGGUCCAUCUGGUCCAAGGUCACUUUGCAAUGCCUGUGGGCUUUUUUGGGCAAACAGGGGAACUUUGAGAGACCUCACCAAGAAAACGGAUCAUUCUGCGACUCUGAUUGAGCAGGGGGAAGCUGAAGCCAAUGAUUCGGACUCUGGAACCGCCAUUGAUACAGAAAACAAUCUUGUUACGUACGCAAAUGGUGGUGAUACAGCCUUAAUAACAGAGGAUUGACUGUGUUUCUGAGUUGCAUUUAAAGAAGGGCUAUAGCAGUCGGCAUCAAUUAAAGUUGAAGGUUUUCUAGUAAUUAAUUCCAGCUUGUCCAGUGGAAUGUACAGAUGUUAUAGUGCCAUCAUCAAUACAUGAAGUUAUCUCGUCCGUACCUUUGUAGUGCAUGAGAUUUACCUCUAUAGGAUUCUACUCUGGAUGUAUCACAUGGAAGUUUCGAUGAUCUAGCUUGCUGGUUAUAUAUAGUACCAAAUGCUUUAAUCAA